AUGUCUUCCUUGAACGGCGUAAACGGUCAUGGCGAUGGGAUGUCUGCGGCACAGCGACUUCAGCAACAGCACGCCCACAACCCGCUAGUCGAGGAGCUUCCAGAUGAAUCCGACUUGAAGCACCCCCCGGCGCCCUUGGACCCAACCCACGUUCUCGAGGACUUGGAUGAGGCAGCAGCGGCGAGUGGUUGGCCCGCAAACAUAUCUGCCAAUGCGGCAGGGAAGCGCAAAGCCGAAGGCAAGAAGGCAGCAGUGAUAGACCCAAAUUCGGAGACGAGUUUCCCUGGCUUGGGAGGGGCAAAGACUGGACCGGUGACAGCUCCAACCUGGGGAGGGAACAAGUCUGCUGCCAAUGGCGCAACGAACGGCAUCUCCGCCAAUGGAUCUUCAGCUCCAAAUCCAGGCGUGAACACCACACAAGCAGCUAGAGGCGUAGCAUCACCCGCUGUUCAAAUACAAGCUCCUCGGCUUAUCCUCCAAAAGAAUGAAGUGCUUCCUCGAAACCAGCUCAAGAAGCCAAUGCCUGAGAUCUUGAAGGACAUUAACAAGAAGUUGAGAACCAACUUGACAAUGCGGACGGGAGAGAACGGAGUGCUGGAGUUCAGAGAGUCAAGCAACCAAAGAGAGGCCUUGAAGCAACAGGCAGUCCGAGACCUGGGUAUGCAAAUUGGCGCAAAGUCCUCUUCGAAAGUUUCAAUUCCACGUUCCGCCAGAGCGCACAUCAUUGGAAAGCAAGGUUCAACAAUCAAAGGGCUGCAGGAGGUCACUGGUGCUCGAAUUCAAAUGCCAAAGAUGGAGGACGCACCACAAGCCGAUGAAGACGAUGACAUGAUGGACAUUGUUGUGGAAGGCAAUCUAAUCUCCAUCAAGAUGGCUACAAGAGAGAUCGCGAAGAUUGUCAACGAGAGAAGUCCUGCAGUUAACACAAGACUCCGCAACAUCCCUGCCGAGUUUUACCCAUUUCUCGUCGGACCAGCGAGCUCGCUUGAGGAUUCCCAUGGUGUCCAGGUUCGAGUUCCCCCGCAUCACACCUGGACUGGCCAAGCUCCUCCCGCUCGGGCUGCUCCAGGCCGUGGCGAGUUUUUACCUGCUUUUGGCGACAACCAUAUCACUCUUGGUGGUGAUCGCGCAGCAGUACAGGCAGCACGUGCAGAGAUCGAACGCUUAUCCCAGGAGUUGAGACAAAGAUUAGCGGUUGAGCACGCCACUGGUAUCGAUCGCGGCCAGCACCAAUAUGUCAUUGGGCGUGGAGGCGUUACGCCCGAAGAGUUUUUUGAGGCUACUCAAUGCGCAAUCAUUCUUCCAGCUGACGAUGACGAGGAUACCAUCACUUUCAUUGGCCCGGCGGACAAGCUCAAGGCUGCGAAGGAGCAUGCCACUGAACUGGCUUCAUCCAUUAACGAAACCUCCAUGGAUAUUUCUAAGCAGUUCCGCAAUGCCCCUGGCGGAAUUGCAGGCGCUCGCGUCCAUGCUCGAAAUGUUACUCAGUACCUUCGUGACCGCAAGGAGAUUGAGCGACUGGAGGCACUCCACAAGGCCAGCAUCGUGGCUUCGAUCUCGCGGGGCGAGGCUGCACCAUGGCAAAUAUUCUUCCGUGAGCGCGCCAGCGGCAUCCAAGCCAAGGACGACAUCAGUCAAAUCCUCCUGGCCCACCCACCUUCAAGAAUGACCACUGUCCCCAUCGAUCCGUUCUUCCACCGUCACAUUCAAAGAGACAUUACUCCCCGAGUAAAGAAAGAUUAUGGUGUACAUGUAGUCAUCCCAAGUGCUUCUGAGCAAGGUGCGCCAGUGCUUCUUGUUUUUGAGGGCGAUGCUGGCCUUGAGCCAGAAUAUCAGGUUCCCCGAGAAGCACCCAAUGCGGAAGAAGUCAAGGCUUUCAAGCAAGGCCUUGAGGACGCCCGCAAGCACAUUUUGGACCUCAUCAGCAAGCAAGCAGCAAUCAUCUCCACGUCGAUUGACGUACCCAAGAUCUUUCACGACAAGCUCCGAAGAUUCAUUCAAAAGGAGCAACAAGAUCGUGCAGCAGAUCAGAUCCCUGUGCGCGUCACUAAUGCAGGUACCGUCGUGACACUCAAGGGCCCAGCUCCGGCGGUUGAGUCGUUGGCUGAGAAGGUCAAUGCGUUUGUGGCCGAAGCUAUUGAGGACGAGAAAGAACGUGGGUUUUCUACCACUUUUGACUUCCCUCAAAAGCAUGCGAAUCAAUUGAUCGGGAAGGGUGGUAGCAAUAUCCGGGACCUACGCGACAAGUUUGAUGUUGAGAUCAACGUCAACGAUGGUGUUGUUGAGCUCAAGGGCCCUCAAGCAAAGGCUGCUGCGGCUAAGGCACAUAUUUCGGCUCUUGGUCGACAAUGGGCCGAUGAGGCAACUUACACUCUCAAAGUCGACCCCAAGUUCCACCGUGAGCUAAUCGGUGCUGGUGGUACCCAGAUCAAUAAGUUACAGACAAGAUACAAGGUUCAGAUCCAUUUCCCACGCUCUGCGAAGCCUAUCAAGGACGACCAAUCCAACGUUGAUGCUGCUAGCGAUUCAGGCCGUCGUGCUCCACGACGUGAGCAAGAGCCUGAUGAGGUCAUCGUCAAGGGCCCCAAGAAAGGAGCGGACGAGGCUAGAGACGAGAUUCUUUCGCUUCUACAGUACCUCAAGGAUAACUCGCAUACCGCCGUUGUGUCCGUCCAAGCUGGUCAGAUUCCAUCUUUGAUCGGCCAACGUGGAAGUGGCAUGGAUGAGAUCCGACAGGUAUCCGGUGCCAGAAUUGAGAUUCCAAAUGCCAGAGACAUCAAGGAUCCAUCAACCCGAGUCGAGAUUCAGAUCAAGGGCACAGCUUCUCAAGUUGCGCAGGCACGAAGGUUAAUCGACGCUAAGAGAGAUGUCUUCGAUAAGACUGUCACCAAAACAUUGGAGGUAGACAAGAAGUACCACAGAUCUCUCAUUGGCGCUGGAGGUUCAGCCCUUCGCGAUAUUGUUGUUAAUGCUGGAGGAUCCGAUGACCGUCGAGAGCUUGCGAGAACUGUCCAGUUCCCUAAGGCCGAGCAAGACGGGAACUUGAUCAAGGUUGAAGGAAAUGCAGAUGUCGUCAACAAGAUCAUAGCAGCCAUGCAAAAAAUUGUCGCUGAGCUCGAGGCUCAAACUACCGAGUCUUUCGAAGUCCCCACUGAGAAGCACCGCUCACUCAUUGGCCGCGGAGGAGAGACAAAGAGGGAACUUGAGUCGAAGUUCAAGAUUUCCAUCGACAUCCCAAGACAAGGUAGUGGUCAAUCUGCUAUCAAAGUCACUGGUUUGCCAAAGGAUGUCGAGGCCGCCAUAUCCCAUAUCCAAACCCUUGUGAAGGACCAAGAGGGCGAGACUGUACAAGUUCCCUGCAAACUCCACCACUCGAUUGCCGAUAAUGGGCAAUUUUUCCGACGCCUUCGCAACGAUCACCAGGUCACAGUUGAUCAUGCCGGCCACAAGGUCCCUCCUAAGCCUGCCGCGCCAACCAACGUCCGUGGCAGCGCCGCCAACCUACCUCUACAGACCGACGAGCCUUCUGACCUCGAUGCCCACGUCUGGACAGUGAUCGAUAACUCAGUGUCGACCAUUGAUGGUGAGAUUCCUUGGAUCUUGAGAGGUCCUCCCGAAAAUGUGACCAAGGCCAGGGCCACUCUCGCCGCUGCCAUUGAAUCUGCACUAAAGAACACCACAACUGGAUUGCUCGUCCUGCCAGAUCCAAGCACAUAUAGGUUCGUCAUUGGUCAGGGUGGAAACAAGGUCAACCAAAUCCGCAAGGCCUCCGGAUGCAAAAUCAGCGUUCCCCGCGACCAAGCUGGUGGUGAAGCCAUCGAGAUCCUAGGGAGCUCUGAUGGCGUCGAGAAGGCCAAGAUGCUCGUUCUUCAGGCUGUGCAGGACGGCAUCAACGGCAACACCGGUGGUGGUCGCGCGAACGGCAAUGGCGCUUCCCAUAACGGUGGCAAUUGGGACUAG